GAAGGAAAGCGCAAGUGAUGUCAUUCCUCUUCUGGCUCAGCCUUUGGUGCAUUGUGAGAGAAGCCACUGUCACAUCCUCUAUUUUGCUCAACUGUUCAGUUGCAAAGGAAGGAGAGUAUAUACACCUUCCUACAGACGAGACUGAUUUUGGGAAAAAGCAACGCUUCAGAAGUGGCCUUUUCAACCAGAGCGAACUGAAUGCAACCUUCUCCCCAACUUUUACCUGGAAUGGUUCCCAUUCUCUCGGCAUUGAAUGUGACUGCAUCAUGGACCUGUUAGCCUGUUUGUUAAGAGAUCGUGUUCUUGCCGGUUUCAUAGUCUUCCUCUUCACCGUGGGCCUGCUGGGGAACCUAAUCCUCUUCUUUUUUCUUCUCUUCCACUUCAAGAGGAAUUUGUGGACCACCUGCGUUUGGAAUUUAGCCAUUGGUAGCUUUGGGGUCCUUAUCUUUUUGUGUAGCAUUUGUCUGUUAGCAUUCAGUAAUUAUAUUUGGGAGAACUCCAGCGAUGCCCUGGUGAAGUUGCUCCUACCCCUGGCCUACCUCUUUCUCGUCAUGCAGGGUUAUAACGCUCAUUUUUUCAUAUCCAUCGCGGUGGAUUGGUGCUUUGCCUUUCUUUCUCCAAAUUGGUACCAGUGCCACCAAUCAAUCUGUCUGUCUUCUGCUACGCCUGCCAUGUUGUCUGUUCUUUUCUGGCCUCUCACUUGCCAGCUCUUAUUCUUCUUCAACUUGAGGAUCGACACUCAGGCAAUUGUCGUCGUCUCCUUCAUGAUUUUCAUUCCGGUCAUAGUCAUCUCGUCUCAAACCCUGAUUAUGAGGGUUUGGUGCAAUCUGCACCAUCAAGGGAAGAUCUCUGUAAAAAUUGUCCUGGGAAUCUUGUUUUCUCUUAUCACCUGGGGACCCAUAUAUUUAUUCCUUACUCCAAGUAACCAUUUUGCUCUCGUCUCAGUAUUAGCCUUUGUGCUCACGUCCGUCAGUAGCACCAUCAACCCUGUGUUUUAUAUCCUUAUUGGUAAAUUCUUUGGAAUGGCGGAUCCUGAAGCUGAAGCUCAAAUCCUUUGGCCGCCAAAUGACAAGAGAGGACUCCUUGGAGAAGACCCUGAUAUUGGGAAAGACUAA